AUCAUCUUAAAACAGAAAUCAUCAAGGUCAUCAAAUCAUAAUUUUUGUUAUAUUAGAUUGUAAAGCUUUAUCUUCCUGUCAAAACUAUUAAUUUACAAUGGAUGUCAAGCAUGACAGUGUCAAAAGAAUCUUAUUGUUUAGUGGCAAACGAAAAAGUGGGAAAGAUUACAUUACAGAUAAGCUGUUGAUAAAGCUUGGCAUUGAGAAUGCUGAAAUAAUUCGAAUAUCGGAACCAAUCAAAUCAUUUUGGGCAAAAGAAAAAAGUCUUGAUCUUAAACAACUUUUAAGUGACGGUGCCUACAAGGAGAAAUACAGGAAAGAAAUGAUAAUUUGGAGUGAUGAAAUGAGAGCUAAAGAUUAUGGUGUUUUUUGUCGUGAAGCUUCAAAGAGUGUAUCAAAAGAGACUGUAAUAGUUUCAGACAUCCGACGAAAAACAGACAUUAAAUGGUUUUGUGAAACUUUCGGAACUAAAGUUAAAUUAAUAAGAAUUAAAUGUCAAGAUUGUGUAAGAGAGAAUCGAGGAUGGAAUUUUGAAUCUGGUGUUGAUGAUAUCCAGUCUGAAUGUGAUUUAGAUGAUUGGAAUGAGUGGGACCUGUUGAUUGAAAAUGAUGGUUUAAGGGACAUUGAAAGUAUUUUACAUGAGAUUUGUAGUAAGUUUGUUUCAUGAUUAGCUUUUGUAAGAUAGUUCAAAGUUGGUGUAUGAAUAUUUUAGUCAAAUACUUUAAUUAAUAACACAGUUGAAACCUAGUCCAGAGUUUAUCUGUAUUAAUCAUGUCCAUCACAAAGAUCUGUAAGGCAAUACUUUAUUAGUUCCAAU